GCGAAUUGUGAACCACUCGCGCAGACAUCGGAACGGCCUCUCCUUCCCGGGCGUGAACGCCUCUUAGAGAGUCUCGUUUCACCCGCGCGUGGAACCGCCAUCGACACUGUUUUGGGUUCGGUUUUACGGCAACACCGGCCAAAAUGCAGCUCAAUAGAGCGCUCAGGUUUUUAGUCUUGGGGCUUUCGGCCAUAUCAGUCGCCGAGGCUACCUUUGGUGGUAUCAACCUUGCCGGACGCGAUGUGAAGGGACUUCAGCGGAAACAGGAUGAGGAGGACAAAUUGAUAACCGAUCUCGGUCCCGCAACGUCGACGACUCCGCCUGAGGAACCGUCUACAACAUCCAGUUCGGAGGAACCGACCUCAGAACCCGAGACCAGCACUAGCACCUCUUCCUCCUCCCCCACGACGACGAAGCCGCCCACCACCACGUCGAGCUCGGAGACUCCUAAGCCGCCGUCCACUUCGACAUCCGACGAGGAGCCGACUCCAACGAGCUCGAAGGAGGAUGAUGACGACCAUGACACCCGCACCUCGUCGAGCAAGGGCGCCCAGCCGACAUCUACAUCAACCGAGCAGCCCGAGCCGUCGACCUACAUCAUCACUCGGAUCAUCACAUCCACCCGCGACGACGGCUCUCCGGUGACCUACACUAGCGAGACGAAGACGACUCAGACCCCCGGCCUGGCGGCCCCCGGCAGCAACAACGACAACUCCUCGGGCAUGUCGACGCAGACGCGCAACACCGUCAUCGGCGUGGUGGUCGGCGUGGGCGGCGCCAUCGUCCUCGGCGGCCUGGCGCUGGUCGCCUGGCGCAUCUGGGGCCGCAAGAAGCCCCAGGAAGAGACCGACGGGCUGAUGGACUACAACAGCGCCAUCGAGAGCAAGCCCGACUCGGGCGGCCCCGGAGCCGCCCGCUCGCCCUUCCAGAGCACGCUCGAGAGCUACCACGCGCCGACCCAAGUCAACACGGCGUCCAACUUCUGAGAGACCUCUUUCGCCGGUGCCGCUGAGAAGCUGGGCCUUCACGAUUCUUCCUUUAGCUCGCUCGCUUCGUCCGUCGCCAGUUCCGUUUCCUUCAUCCAUCUAAUCAAGGGGGAGGGAGGGGGGAGGAGAGCGACAAGGAGUUUCGAGCAUCGGUUCUUUUUUUUUAUUCCUGCGUCCUUUCGGAGCGU